UCCACGGCUAUUAUCCCCUCUUCAGCCAACAACAUCCACAGAGCCUACAAACAAAGCCUUGCGCGACCGACGCUACUUCCGCCGCAGCCUCGCAACAGCUGCCUCUAAACAAACGCCCACGCCAUGGGAAACGUGGAAAGUUGUCAAUUUGCAGACGCGCUCUCGCAAGUAUGUCAAAGAAAAAGCGGGGAUAUUUCCGUUGACCGACUCCUGGCCCCGGAGUUUCUUGAAGCUUUAGAGGAAUUCCUCAAGCAUAUCAAAUCGAAUUGGGACAAGUUUCCCUCUUCCGUGGCCGAUAUCGUCAAGGACAAGUUGUUACCCCGCUUCGAUCCAAAAGAAGAUCCAAAAGGAGAUCCUGAGGCAUGGGUGCAUCAACAGAUCGUUCGCGAGCCUGCUGACGAUUUUCCGAACCACCUCUACGACCAUCUCGUAUCGCUCCGAAAAUCCAAAAUUACAUUUGAGGUUGCCAAAAGAAACGUGUUGCUCAUCGCCUUUAGCAACCUCCAAAUACAGCGCGACUCUGGUCCUGACCGGGGCGCGCUGUCAAAGUACCUCAUCACAGUCAAGGAAAAGAACUCCGAACAGGAAAUCCGGAAGAUCAGAAACAACUGCAACGAUUUCACAACGGCAGGUCGCCGGUUGCAAUCCUGGCUGGGUAAUCUGGGGGGCUCUGGAGCACUCAUUUGCGGCCUAUACAUAGCCAUGUCGACGGAACAGUCUGCUGAAAAACUUGCUGAGUUGGUCGUUCAGAAUAGUUUAGAGCGAUGCGGAAGGCUAGUUGAUGCUCUACUAAAGUCAUACGAAACGGAGGCUCGUGUCUGGGUAAACAGUCAGACACCACCUGGGCGCAAGCGCAAACGAGAAAUCUCAGCCGCACUGCCACAGUCUUCGCCACGCACUGCAAUUGCGGAUUAUCGACAAACCACAUCCCCACUGAUGACGGCAGACAAUACGCUGCAGCACGUUGACAACACCCUACAUCUUCCGAUCCGGGGUCACUCUGAGGUCUUAGAUCACAGCCCUCGGGCGUUUCCGGCUGAGGCAAGCUAUCCAGCAGCUGCGCAAGAUACAGGAGACCCCUGUGAUUCGUCCGCGGCCCCGCUGGAACUCAUCAGCACGCCAGUCCUUGAGGCAGGCGAUGAGGAGCUUGUGGGUAAUGUCAGUGAAGUACCUUCCCUGGAGCCUGUAUCCGUGUCCAACGCGAUCGUGCUGGUGGAGGGUAACAGAUCGUACCGAGAUGCUCCCGUAAUCAUUCAGCAGCUACAAGCAACAUGUCGGAUCGUAUCUUUCCGCGAGUACUCCGGCACUGGCCAGCGGUUCAUCAACGGCACUAUCGACGGUCAGGAAGUGGAAUGCACCAGUUUCCAAUAGUGGAGUUCCUGUUGGAUGCAGGAGCAGCGGUCGACGACGAAACCUAUGAUCACGUAUGGGAUUUUACUUUUCGCCAAAAAUGCACCGAUCAACAAUGGAUAGCUCUGAGUCGCAUCAGACGCAGUAAGGGAAGAAAUUGGAUCGGUGACCAAAACUUUCCCUUGAUACACUUGAUUGUAUUUGGUAUAAGCUCAAA